ACUUCUAGCGCAUGCGCAAAUGUAUUUGAAGCGAAGCAAAAAGACGAGGACCGCAUGCUAUGGUUGUUUGGAGAUUCUUCGACGAUCUUAAAGUCGUAUGAUUCACAGCAAAUAUAGCAACACUUAUGUCAAUUCGUAUUUCCCAAAGCCACGAAACGUGCAUUGAGUUUGGAGCGAUAUCUGAAGUGAAGAUUGAAGACGUGAUAGAAGAUGGACGACUACUGCUAUGCUAAGAUGGCGACGUCAUGUCAAAGAGAAACAGAAAUAGAAUCCGCGCCGGAUAAAAAUACGAAACAUGAAGACGCCCAGCAGCUGAUGGGUAAUCCAGAAGAAGUUUCCCCUCAGUCAGGGGGGAGCUCCACUUUGAAGCAGGAGACUCCACAACCACCCUGCAUUAAAAAGGAAGAGGAGGAACUCUGCAUCACUCAGGAGGGAGAGUGUCUUCUAGGACGAGAGGAAGCUGAUUACACCAAGUUUCCACUGACUAUUGUCUCUGUGAAGACUGAAGAUGAUGAAGAGAAACCACAAGUAGGCAACCUCUUAGCUCCACUAUCAGAUAGUGAGGCUGAAGACGAGGUUGAAGUAACUUUGAGGAGCAAUAAGGACUGUGAAGGUGAUAUGAGGACUCACAUUGACAACAAACACUCUGAAUGCUCUACAAGGAAAACAGGUAAAAAAUGUAUGAACUGUUCAGUUUGUGGUAAAAUUUUUACUAACAGGAGAAAUUUGACUUAUCACAUGAAAACCCACACAGGAGAAAAGCCAUUUAGUUGCUCACUUUGUUGUAAUAGCUAUAGUAAAAAGAGCCAUUUGGCUGACCACAUGAGAACGCACACAGGAGAAAAACCAUUUUCUUGCUCAGUUUGCGGUAAAAGAUUUUCUGAAAAGAGCAGUGUGACUCGACACAUGACAACACACACAGGAGCAAAACCAUUUAUCUGUUCAGUUUGUGGUAGAAGCUUAUCUCUAAAGAGUAAUUUGAUUGAACACUUAAGAAGACACAGUGGAGAAAAACCAUUUAGUUGCUCACUUUGUUGUAAUAGUUAUAGUCGCAAAAGCCAUUUGACUGACCACAUUAGAACGCACACAGGAGAAAAACCAUUCACUUGUUCAAUUUGUGGUGCAAAAUUUUCUCAAAAGGGCAGUGUGACUAAACACAUGAGAACCCACACAGGAGCAAAACCAUUUAAUUGUUCAGUUUGUGGUACAAGCUUUUCUCUAAAGAGUACUUUGAUUGAGCACAUGAGAACACACACUGGAGAAAAGCCAUUUAGUUGCUCACUUUGUUGGACUAGCUUUACCCGAAAGAAUCGUUUGGCUGAACACAUGAGAACACACACAGGAGAAAAAAUGUUUACUUGUUCAGUUUGUGGCGAAAGCUUUUCUCAAAAGGGCAGUGUGACUGAACACAUGAAAACACACAUCGGAGAAAAACACACUUAUUUGCCCAGUUUGCAGUAAAGUGUUGGCUUCCAGACAAGAUCUAUUUCGGCACUUGAGCAAACACAUAGGCGGCGAUACAGGCUGCGAAAGUGAUAUGAGGACUCACUGACGACAAGGACUCUAAAAUGAGAAAGAUGAAAAAUGUUUGAGUUGUUUGGUUUGUGGUAAAAUUUUACUCUCACGAGCAAUUUGACUUACCACAUUAGAACACACACAGGAGAAAAAACAUGUAUUUGCUCAGUUUGUUGGAAUACUUGUGCCCGAAAGAGCCAUUGGACUGAACACAUGAGAACCCACAAAGGAGUAAAACCAUUUACGUGUUUAGUUUUUGGUCAAAGAUGUACUCAAAAGAGCAGUGUGACUAAACAUGAAAACACACACAGGAGAAAAACAUUUAACUGCUCAGUUUACAGUGUAAUAUUUGCCACCAACAAGGUUUGUUUUGCCACAUAGGCGGAAAAUGUGUACUUGUUCAGUUUGUGGUAUAAGUUUGACUCAAAAUAGCAGUUUGACUGAUCACUUUAGAUCGAAAAAACCAUUUAACUGCUCAGUUUGCAGUGAAAUAUUGGCCACCAAACAAGGUUUAUCUCGCCAUACAUAAAGGAGGAAAAACAUUUACUUGUUUAGUUUGUGGUAAAAGUUUUUCUCGAAAUUGCAUUUUGAUCAAUCAUGUAAGAUUACACACAGUAGAAAACCAUUUAAUUGCUCAGUUUGUCACAAAAGCUUUACUAAAAAUGUCAGUCUAAGCCAGCAAAUGAGAACACACACAGGAAACUAACAUUUAGUUGCUCAGUUUGCAGUAACAUGUUUGUCUCCAGUCAAGGUUUAUUUCAACACAUGAGAUUACACACAGGGGUAAAACCAUUUAAUUGGUCACUCUGCGUCAAAAGAUGCUGUAAAACAUGUCAGAACAAACAAGGGUAAAUAACCAAUCAGCUGUUUAGUGUGUGAUAUGUUGCUCAUAUGUGGCGACAUCCAUGCAAAGCCUGGGCCUCAUCAAAAUAUGUUCACUGCUUCUUUCGGUUGGUCGAGCGGCCGUGCCAGCAACUUAAGGGUUCAAGGUUCGAUCCUCGCUUCCGCCAUCUUGUGUCCUUGGGCAAGACACUUGACUAUACUUCCAAAUUAAACAUUACAUUUAGAAUGUUUUACUUGCAAAUUUUAAUUUUUUUGUAUAUUAUUGUCGAUAUACUAAAUAAUUGUGUUUUAUUUAGUAUAUUUACAAUGAUAUAUACAAUAAUAUUUAAAUACACUGAUGUAUACUUCAAUAUUCAACAUUAAAUCUUUAUUUUUUUGUUUCAAAUUAAUAUUGUGUAUAUUAUUGUCAAUAUACUAAAUAAUCAUGUAUUAUUUUGUAUAUUGACAAUAAUAUACACAAUAUUUGAAUACACUGAUGUAUACUUCCAAAUUCAAAAUUAAAUUGAGACUAUUUUAGUUUGAAAUUAUUUGAAUUUUUUGCAAAUACACAACUUUUGGCAAUAAGUUAGCUUAAAGGCCUACUGAAAGCCACUACUAGCGACCACGCAGUCUGAUAGUUUAUAUAUCAAUGAUGAAAUAUUAACAUUGCAACACAUGCCAAUACGGCCGCUUUAGUUUACUAAAUUGCAAUGUUAAAGGGGAACAUUAUCACAUUUUCAAAAGGGUUAAAAACAAUAAAAAUCAGUUCCCAGUG